AUGGUGCUCGAGAGCGUGCGGCAGCACCGCGUCGUGCUGAUCGCCGGCGAGACGGGGUGCGGCAAGACGACGCAGGUGCCGCAGUUCCUCCUCGACGAGGCGAUCUCGCAGGGCUGCGGCAGCCUGUGCAGCGUCGUUGUGACGCAGCCGCGGCGUGUGUCGGCGAUGGGCGUCGCCGCGCGCGUCGCCGCCGAGCGCGGCGAGUCGCUCGACGGCGCCGCCGCGGACGACGCGGUCGUCGGCUAUGCGAUCCGCGGCGAGCGCCGCGCGUCGCGCGCGUGCCGCCUGCUCUUCACGACGACGGGCGUGCUCCUGCGCCGCAUGGCGUCCGGCGCGGACGCGGACCUCGCGUCGCUCUCGCACAUCGUCGUCGACGAGGUCCACGAGCGCAGCAUCGACUCGGACUUUCUGCUCCUGCUCCUGCGCCAGGUGCUCACGCGGAACCCGCGGCUGCGCGUCGUGCUGAUGAGCGCGACGAUCCAGGCCGACACCUUCACGCGCUACUUUGGCGGCGCCCCGUACCUCGAGAUCCCCGGGCGCACCUUCCCCGUGCAGACGCACUACCUCGAGCACCUCGUGCAGGCGACCGGGUACCGCACGCCCCUCGCGCUGGCCCGCGACGACGAGCGCGCAGACAAGCUGUACGAGGCCAGCGCACUCGACCCGGACGCGGUGCCGACGGUGCGCGCGCUCGUCGCCUCGAGCCGCAUCGACUACGGCCUGCUCGCCGCGGCGGUCGCGUACGCCGCGCAGUGCGCCGCGAAGAUCGACGGCACGGGCUCGCUCCGCGGGCGCGCGGCGAUCCUCGUGUUCUGCCCCGGCGUCGGCGAGAUCCGGCAGGCGAUGGACGCGAUCGCCGCGCUGCCGAUCCACGCCGAGCUCGCCGUCCUCCCGCUGCACGCCAACCUGCCGCCGAACGAGCAGCGCCGCGUCUUCCAGCCGGUCGGCCGCGCGCAGCGCAAGGUCGUGAUCGCGACGAACGUCGCCGAGACCAGCAUCACGAUCCCCGACGUCUGCUACGUCAUCGACACGGGGCGCGUGCGCGAGGCGCAGUACGACGCGCGCGCGGGCGUCUCGCGCCUCCUCGAUACGUGGGCGUCGCGCGCCGCGUGCCGGCAGCGCGCGGGCCGCGCAGGCCGCACCAUGGCCGGCGCGUGCUUCCGGCUGUACACGCGCGCGAUGGAGGCGGCGCUGCAGCCCGCGCACUCGGCGCCCGAGAUGCAGCGCACGCCGCUCGAGGGCGUCGUGCUGCAGGUCAAGGCCAUCCAGCCGGACGCCAACGUGCGCACGUUCCUCGCGCAGGCCCUGGACCCACCGUCGCUCGAGGCGCUCGACGCCGCGCACACGCGCCUCGUCGUGGCCGGCGCGCUGCACACGGACGGCGGGCACGCCGCGCGCCUCACGCCGCUCGGCCGGCACGUCGCGAUGCUCCCGCUCGACGUGCGCCAGGCGAAGCUGCUCGUCCUCGCAUGCCUCGCCGGGUGUGUCGAGCCGCUCCUCCACGUCGCUGCGCUCGUCGCCGGCCGGCCGAUCGUCGCGAGUGCCGCGGCACGCGACGACGGCGCGGCGCGCGCGCGCGCCGCGUCCCUGUUCGGCCGCAGCGACCUGCUCACGCACGCGCACCUCUUUGCGCAGUGGCUCACGAUGCGCGCGGAGCGGCGGCCGGGCGCCGAGGUGCGCGCGUUCUGCGAGCGGCACGGCCUCUCUGCCGUCGCGCUGCAGGAGGCCGCGCUCACGCGCACGACCCUGCUGCAGCAGCUCGAGGAGACGGGCCUCGUGGACCGCGCGUACGUGCAGGGCUACCGCGCGCAGGGGCCCGCGUGGCCCGCGCGCGCGUCGUCGCUCGCGUACGACGCCCACAGCCGGCACACGAACCUGCUGCGCUCGCUGCUGCUCGCGGCGCUGUGGCCGUCGAUCGCGCGCGUCGACCAGCCGGCGGCGCGGUACCACGCGUCCGCAUCAGGCGCGGUGCGCAAGGACGCGCACGCCCGCGAGCUGCACUACAUGGACGAGCACGACGGGCGCGUGUUUCUGCACCCGAGCUCGCUGCUCUUCCACGCGACCGAGAGCCAGUCCGGCUACGUGGCCUUCCUCAGCAAGAGCGCGCGCGGCCCCGCAGGCGAGGCGCGCACGUACCUGCGCGACAUCACCGAGGUCCCGCUGUACGCGCUCCUCCUCUUCGGCGGGCCACUGCACGUCGACCACGCGGUCGGCGGCGUCCUCGUGUCGACCGGCGCGGCGGCCAGCGCCGACGCAUGGGUCCGCAUGCGCGCGAACCCGCGCAUCGGCGUGCUGUGCCGCCAGCUGCGCCAGCUGCUCGACCGCAUGCUCGACGAGGCCAUCGAGGACCCCCGCGCGAUGACCGCGCCGCACCACGAGCCGAUCGUGCAUGCGAUGCUCGCCCUCGUACAGCACGACGGUCUCACUGCUCCCUAG